AGCUAACAGUUCGCGCGCUGUUAACAGCUCUGUUAGCCUGGCAGCGGCGCAACAGCGGGAAAUCCCUAGCGCCACACCACAAAUCCCACAGUCGGCGGCUUGAUCUCUGUGACAUUGAAGUUGCGAUUGAAACCGAAGCUGUUAACCACAUGUUAUCUGGGUUAUUGCGACGAGGCGUCCAACCAGCACGGUUCACUCAGCAUCUCGGCGAAGAUCUCUUACGCGGCGCAGCGGCACUCCACUCCCAGAUACGCAAGAUGGACGACAUUGCUCUGGACGCGGCCAAGAAGACGGCGGCCCGCACGGCUGUGGAUCAGUGGGUGACGGAGGACACGAAGAUUCUGGGUAUUGGCAGUGGGUCCACCGUGGUGUACGCCGUGCAGCGCAUCGCGGAGCGCGUGUGGAAGGAGGGUGAGCUGACGGACCUCAUCUGCGUGCCGUCGUCCUACCAGGCGCGCCAUCUGAUCCUCGACUAUAACCUCAACCUGGGCGAUCUGGACAGGAAUCCCAACAUAGACGUGGCCAUCGACGGGGCCGACGAGGUCGACCGACACAUGGUGCUCAUCAAGGGCGGCGGCGGCUGUUUGCUGCAGGAGAAGGUGGUGGCCUCCUGCGCAAAGCACUUCAUCGUGGUGGCCGACUACACAAAGAACUCCAUCCGUCUGGGGGAGCAGUGGUGCCGCGGAGUGCCCAUCGAGGUGGCCCCAAUGGCGUACGUGCCCAUCAAGCUGCACAUCGAGGCGCUCUUUGGCGGCGAGGCUUCUCUGCGGAUGGCCAAGGUGAAGGCGGGACCCAUCGUCACGGAUAAUGGCAACUUCCUGCUGGACUGGAAGUUCAUCGCCAACCGGGAGUACGACUGGGAUGAGGUCAACCGCGCCAUCACCCUGAUUCCGGGCGUCCUGGAGACGGGUCUGUUCGUGAACAUGGCCACCAAGUGCUACUACGGCAUGGCCGAUGGCAAGGUCAAGGUCCAGAAUAAGUAGUUGCAGUAGGGUUUCUUGAGCGGAGUUGGGGGAUCGCUUUUUGCAUUUAUCUUUCACCGAAUUGUUCCUUAAAUUUAAUGUUUGCCAUUUGAAAAGAAUUUAAAUACAUAUUGACUUAUUACCCAACAAAAA